AUGCAUAUGCUAAAACACUUGUUAACUUAUGCGAUACUAGCGCUGGGCGUGUUAUGGCCAUGUGAGGCGCUUAUCAUUCCACAGCCCAACGGCACAUACACGGUUGCUUUGCUCACCAGUACAUUGGUCGACAGCGGGCGGACUGACCCUUACGACCCAGAACAUCGCGAGCGAAACAUAACCAUAUCGCUUUUCUAUCCCAUCGAUCGGAAUGAGUGCGAACAGACAUGUACCGUUCCCUAUAUGCCUCCCGUCACUUCAGCGUACUACGACUCCCUUGUCGCAAGCUUUGGAGUUACCGGAGACAAAAUAUUCGAAUCAUUCCGAAUGCAAGUCUGCUGCAUACCUUCUCCGAAAGCUGCCUAUCAUGCUACGGAUUUUCCCUUGGUACUGUUCUCUGCCGGUCUCGGCGGUUCACGGCUCAUCUACAACGCUAUGGCGCAAGAUCUUGCAAGCACAGGAUACGCAGUCGUAACCCUAGACUCGACAUACGAUUCCGUCGUCGUAGAGUACCCGGACGGCACAUAUGUCAACGGGCUGAAUAUAUCGUUUUGGUGCAUCGAGGAUCCUCCUGGAUUUUGCAAACCAAGCGCAAAUGUACCAUCACUCUUGGAAACGAAUGUGAAGGAUGCACAGUUCGUGCUGGAGACCCUCGGGAAAUACACACCCGGGAAGUUCCCAAUAGCUGGUGCCGCUCGCGGUUUCAACGUCGAGCGGGUAGCAUAUGGGGGCCACUCGUUUGGAGGCGCAACGGCGAUCCGCGCCAGCAUGGAAGAUGUACGGGUUGCGGGAUCAUUCAACCUUGAUGGCGCCCAAUUUGGAAACAUAACCGACAGCUAUGCGGCUGUACUGCUUUUUGGUCGUGGGGACCCGUCGCCCCACAGCAGGAAUGACGAUGCUACGUGGCAGGAAACUUGGGAUCAUCUUAAGGGCUGGCGGCGAGAAUUCGGGUUGAGAGGUGCCGAGCAUACUGGAUUUGGUGAUAUGUCCUUACUUGCGAAGCUAGGUGGGUGGCCAGCGACGGGGAAGCUUCAACAACUUAUCGGGACGAGUGAUGGGCAGAGGAGCUUCGAAGUUGUGUUGACGUACGUUAGAGCGUUUCUUGGUUAUGUUUUUGAGAAAAAGGAUAGUGAGCUACUCAAUGGGCCAAGCGAGGCUUAUCCCGAGGUUGUUGUAGACGGAGGAGUUUGA